GUGGAAUAUUAAUAGACUGAGCAAGAUUGAGUGAUUUGGAAGACUGGGGUUGUUUUAGCGCUACAAGAGGUAUGUCUAUGUAGCAGUAUAUUCUGGCAUAUGUAGACUCUGAGUUUCAGAGUUAGUCAUACAUCCGGGAAAAAUGGCGGAGCGCGACAUCUUGUCAUUCGGUCUGGGGACUCAGAAGACGCCAGACGACCUCGCUAACUACACCAGAAAGCUCAAAAAAUCAGAGAAACUUUCAGCAGAAGACCUACUUGACGAACAAAAUUUUAUCGGACAGACUUUUGAUAUGAAGCGACAAAUAGUGGCGUGUAUGCGACAUGGCACAACCGAGGUCGAGGAUAAGGUGCAGAACAUUGGCGACGACGACGACGAGGUUCAGGGAAGCGAGAGCGACGACGACGCUAGUGAAGAUGAACAGAUGGAGUGCGACGACGGUGAAGGUGAAGCCGGGGAAUCCAAUGGCGGCGACAGUUACGAUGAAGCAGAAGUACACCAUAAUAAAAAUGCGGGAAACUACGAGAGCGCAACCGCAGACAAGGUUGAGAAAGCUGCACGCAGCGGCAGCAAAGACAAGACUCAAAAGGCUGGAACCUCUCCUGACGACGGUGAGGAGGACCAGGAGAAGAUGGACGAGGACGGCACAUCAGAGGAUGACGUUCUCAUCGACAAUAACGAAAUGUCGUGGGACAGUGAAGAUGAAACUUCGUCUGAUGAUCUUGUUGCAUCGCAUGACAUUUCGGAGGACGACGCUUCCUCUGAGGAGAUGGGUGAAGAAGACGACGAUAUUUGGGAUUUCGAGCCUAGAGGUCUUCAAGAUGCUGGACCUAUUGACGAUCCCGACCUUGGACUUGCUGUCGGGCACAUGUGGGAAGACGGACAGCCGGUUCGUUUUGUUGCGGACGAGGAAAUUGUUGAUAGAUCAGAUAUUGGUAAUCUGACGGGGAAAGCUGAAGGAAGUAGUGACGAAGACGAGGAAGACGAACCUCUGGGGUAUGACCUAAUGGAGGGUAGCAAAUAUUAUAUUCCGCCAGCGACGAAGGAGAUUCCGCUGUCAACAUGGCGGAAGUUGGCGAUAAGUGGCACCUCUCGCGAGCUGUUCCAUGAGGUGGAUUUGCUCAACCUCGGCCUCAAACAAAACCAGGUUACCAGCACGAAAGGUAUUGGUCAUCGUCUCCACCUAUCAUUAGCGUUGGUCACAGUGAACAAGAAAACCAAAACUUCCCAAUGUUCUUCAUGUUUUUCAUGCACAGAAGGAAAAUCAUAAUGAUGUUGCUCGUGAUGGUGAUCUAGACCUUCUUCAUCCUGAGCUUACUUGACCUUCAACUUCAUUCUGAGCUUACUUGACCUUCAGCUUCAUCUCUUUCUUUCUUUGAACAACUUAUUUUGUGGAAAUAUAAUUUAAUCUUUCAAGAAUACUUACUUGUUUGUUUGUUUUGAUGCGCUCCGGGCGACGCGUACGAUCCCGCCGGAUUUCUUUGUGCUCUGUGUGUGUAGUGCUAUGGUCGUCAUUGCGCUCGACUAUGGUAUGUCUGGUCGCCACAGUCCCCGCCAGCUGCGGCUUUUGUGGCAUACCAGGCGCGGCGUGCUGCAGGCGGCGGCGACUGCGCGUAGGUAGCGCCUGGCGGUGAGGCGCGUCCGGGUUUGGUUGACGUUUUUGCGGCCUGCGUGCACUGUUCUUCGCGUUCUCGUUUUGUCUUCGUUCUUUUUUUUUUUUUUUGUCUUCGCGUGCUUCCUUUCUUGUCUCCUCCCUGCUCGUUCUUUGUUCGCCACCACCUAUCUCGGCCCCCGUCCUAUCGUAGCGGGCAGCGAUGGGUUUACCACAGCGGCCGCUACUCGUUUCCCCUUGUCUUCGCUGGAGGUGUGGCGGCUGCGCUCGCAAGAACGCACCGCCGAAGCCGGUCGCUAAGUCGCGAAGGUAUGGGAUUAGCCGCUUCGGGUUCGACGCAGCCACCCCAACACUCGCCGGAACUCCGUGGGCCUCUACUAGAGCCUGGAGCGCAGGGCACUCUAGUAGGUGCUGCGUGCUUGCCGCAAGGCCAGGGCAAAACGGGCAGCCAACGUCCUCCCCGAUGACUCCGCUCGCCAAGCGUCCCAGCCUGAAGGCAUAGCAUCGCCGCUCGUCUUCCUGCGAGCGCGUUACGCCUCGCAGGAGGUCCUUGCCGCAGCUGCCUGUGUCUGUUACGGUCUUGGCCGUCUUGCUCCCUGUGCGUGCUGCUCCGCUUAUCUGGCGCGACUUGGCUACGCGAAGUACCCUCGCGGCCUCCGUGCGGUACUGCCUGUGGCCGAUCGCCUGUCCCGUCUCGGCGGGGAAGUCCGAAGAACUUGCUACUCCGGCUAGCUGGUCAGCGAUCUCGUUGCCGAUGGCGCCCGAGUGCCCGCGGGUAAAUCUCAGCUCUAGUCUGCCCGCUGGUCCGAGUCCUGUCAAGGCAGCACGAAGAGCCGAGUGCAGGGCUGUGUCGUUGUCGUUCCUAAGUGCUGGGUUUAGGAUCGCGCGCAAGUUGGGCUGGCUAUCGGUUACGACGACGACCCUUUGGCCAGGGGUAGCCCUGGCGUCUAUCCCCCACAAGGUCGCCUCGAUUGCCGAUCUCUCCACCUCGAAGGAGUCACACAGCGGCCCGCAGUCCCAGGCGGGGCCGAAGUAUCCAGCGCUACUAUACCAGAAGGCCGCCGCACCACCGCGAAAAUCGGAGGCCGCCCCGUCUGUGUAGACCGUCACGUCUGCUUUGCUCAAAGCGUCGACGAGUGCGGGGGCGCCACCUGCUGCGCUUGGCUCGACGAUGAGGCGCCCGUCCUCCUGCGCCACAUGUACGCUAGAACAGCCGUCACCUGCAUGCGCGGCAACCUCUGGCAGCACAGUCGACUUUGCUGCGUGCGAUGCUCCGCACUGGAUGAUCCUUCUCCCGGUCUGGAUCCAUCCGACCCCGGGGUGCCUGUCUACUAGUUGCCGGAGGAGGUCUGCCUUGGGGCGCGAGCUUGCCCGAGCGACCACCGACGCCGCGUCGACCGUGUGCUUGUCUUCGAAAGUCGCCAGCCCCGCCAGGGCGAGGGCGCACUCCCGCUGUGCGUUCCCUGGCUGCCCCAAGAUCAGGCAUGCUGCGCGGUACUGGAAGCCCUCGAGCUCUUUCCUUUGCUCUGCGGUCAGCCUUCCCCAAUAGCACACCAACCCAUACGCCGCUGCUGCCUCGACAAAAAGCUGAUGCAUAGCGCGGAUUGCUCGAGCGCGGCUCCAAGACUCCCUGGCAAGCUGCCGCACAGCAGCCUCCCGGCGUCGCAUCUUAGCGACGAGCGCCUCGAAAUGUCUCCCGAACGACCACCGGCUUUCAAGAAUACUUAUUUUUGAUGGAAUAAUUUUCUUUUUCGUUUUUCACAUUCCGUCAGGUGCUCGUCGGCAUGAUCAGCAUGAAGACGAUUCGCAAGAGGAAGAUUGGCAGUGUGCAGAGUUUCUUGAAGGAAUAUUUGUGAAGUGCCCACUCGCUUCGAGGAAAACUCGUUCACGCGAAAACAAAUCUGAGCCCUUGGCCUGGAAGGGAAUGAAGAAGAAUGAUCAGCACGUCAAAGGUGAGAUGGGCAGCUUCUCGACGGGGUCUGGACCUUGUGCUUCGACAGCCCUUACCGCUUCUUCUUCUUCUUCUUCCAUCAAACAUGAAACUCUAUCGGUGAAACAAGAGCCAACGACUCUAUUUGUGAAAAAAGAGGCAUCUUCCGACAAGCUUUUCAAUGGCGAAACUUCCUCUGCUCCGCCUGCCAACAAUACGUCGUCUACCUGUCGCAGUAGCAGUUCGUCCAGCUGUCGCUCUUCUAUCAGGCCGGUUUUCCCUAGUGCCGAGGACGAAUGGGAUGAUGCCGAAUGCACGCAAGGGCAAGGAUUUGACAAAUUCAUGCUAGCAGCAUAUCAGCGGUUUGAAUCGACGCGGAAACGUGGACACCACGGCUUCAAGAAGGAAGUAUUGUCCGACAGUGAAGAUGACAGUGAAGAUGAUCUUGCCCAGGCGCUUUUUCAACAAACUGCUUCCUCAGUUUUGAUGUCUUCCGCAGGGUACACUUCGUUAUCAGAGAACGACCAACAGGGUUUAUCACGGCCAAUAAUGAUGAAAACCCAGGCGGAAGAUGAAGUAGAUUCCAAGCCGACACCGACAGAAGAAAGGUGCGAGGCAACCGCAUUGGCACAGGAACGAGAACAGGACACCGAGGUUUAUUACUUUGUUAGCUUACUACAUCCUUUGAACCUUACCAACUAGUAGAUAAGUAUUGGAAAUCUCAUUUCAUCUACCUCGGUGUCGCUUCUUGUCAGAAGUCCGUGUAAAUACUUACUUUAUAAUAUAUAUACUUGUUAUUUGCAGCCAUUUUUAGUGUGAUUGCUUCCACACCAGCGGUGUCUUACUAAACUAGGAAUAUUCUUCCAAAGCCCAAACUCCUGGCUCGAGGUCUCCAGUGCACCUGGUCUCGCAGCAUGUUCUGACGCAUCAGCGACGGCUCGUCAGCGUCUUGGGCUCGGAUCCGUAGACGAGCGCAACCUCCGGACUAUCAUCACGCAAUUUGUGUCCGAUCAGACGGACAAAUGUUGCGCGUGGCAUCGCGACACUCGAAAUGUGCACACGCCGGCCCGGUCCUGCUGUCUAUCUAAUUCGUUCAUUUCGGGGACCGACUAUAGCCGUGCUGUGGAAUUGACGGGGCGGAAAGAGUAUCCUGGGUGUUUUGGGCUGUUGCCACUACACAACACGCGAAUGCUGAAAGCGGUACCUCUUAUUCGCAACCAAUUAGUCUUUUUGAGUGUUAUUCUAUUUACACACUGUCGUUGGUCGAUUCAUUACAAUAUAAUAGAUUCGGUAAGAUCGUUGUCCUAGAAUCUGGAAGAUGAGCAUGGGCAACAACAGAUUGAUAUCAACUUCAACAGAGAUCGUAUCUAUCAUGAUGUGGUAGAGCUCGUUUUCUUAUGAAGUGUGAUCUUGAGUAUGAGUGUAAGUUCCAGUUGCAAUACACGAUCGCAGUUAUUAGUAAGCAAGUAAUUAUCAAUACCACGAUCGCCUCUCCUUGUCUUGAACGAUUGGCGCAUCAAUUAUCAUCUUUUCAGUUUGUGGAGGCUCAACUUGUGGAAGGGAUUGGAUGCAUGCUGCUUGGGCUCGAGCCCGAGAAUGAGAUGCAGGAUACCCUUCUUCGUGUCCGGCAAAAGCUCCUCGUCGAUGGCUAUUUGUAUCCAGAAAAUCUGAAGCCGAUUUCCCGGGAUGAAAGAUCAGCUGUUUCUGAAGAUAUGAGAGAAGACUCAAGUAGGGGAAAGCGCAGGGCUGCACACGAGGAUGAAAUCGAAGCACCGCGUGACGGCAGUCAGGCCUUAUCGUACUGCUUUUCCUUUUACCAUUAAAAGCAGAAAAUGUGGGUCAUAGAAAGUAGGAGGUCGUCAAUUCAAUGGUCUCUGAUUUUCAAAAGCAGACUCUGCUUUUCUUGCUAGAAACAUAUCCCUUCAUUUUAUAGUCAUGGGCUGUCUUGUAACGAUGAACAAAGUUCUCAAUGUUUAGACCUCAUCGUCCAAUGCCUAUGCCUAUCGCUGUGAAGACCACACAAUUAAUAUGCAGGCAAAAAAUUGCGCGUUUUCAGCCAGACGUGAAUGAUCCGGCUAUCCUUCGAAAGGCGUCGGCUUUGUUAUUGCGGAAAAAAGCGGGGCACGCGAGUGCGUCACUCCUCUCAAGUAUAUUGCCUUUAAUCUUCGAACUCCUAGACGCAGCAAACCGUCGUAGUAGAAGUAGAUGCUCCGUCGUUUAUGAAAUCUUGAACACAGUGGAUCGAAGAGUCUCAGUUGAUUGAAAAGACUUUGAAUUGUUCCCGACAAAGAUCAUAAUUGCACAGGUGAAUCCGAUGGAUCGCUCUGCUCCGGUGAGGACGGGUUGUCCAGUUCCGAUGACGGUCAUGACUUUGAGUCACCCGAUCCACGUGAUGCGCUUCCCAGUGUUCCGGCUGGAGUUGAUAGCGAUUCAAGUGCCAGUGACAGCGACGACAGCGACAUGUCGUUUUCCGAGGAUAGUGACGAAGAGAUUGCUGAGUCUGGCUGCCAAGGCGUCUCAUUUAAUGAACGCCUUGAGGAGCGCGAUGAUGAGCAUGAGGUUGAUGACGAAAAAGAUGAUCUGCGCAACGCCGAUGACGAAGAAAAUGGCGAGGAUGCAAACCAGACUGAAGAGGUGAAUCCGAUGAUGGAGGGAUCCUCCGAAGAGGGGCAUUGGCAUGUCACUUACAUGUUGAAAAAAAGAACUAUGAACGAAUAUUUCUUUUUCGGUGACUACGAAGAAGACGCACAGCUGCAGAACGACGGAAGGCUUUCCGAGCAGGAUGCUCGAGAAGCCGCGCGAAUGGACGCUGUUGGUAAGAUACUUGGACUACUCAUGAUUGAGGUAAAUUCGCUCUCCAUUUCUAAUUGUCAUUGAGUGAGAAUGUUGAGGACGAUUGCUAGAAUCAUUGACUCACGAUUCCUCUUACGCUUUUUUGUUGCUAAUUUUUGAGAUCAGUGUCUGUGUUGUUUUUGAAGACACACUCGGCUCACAGGCAGUGUCUUAUUUCUUCAUUUUCUUUGACUUUGUAUAAUCAGAUGAGUCAGGAAGUGAUGAUGAUGUACAGUACUAGAGUGCUAGUUGUACUUGUAUCUCUACCCCAAAAGCAAAACGUAGUACUAUCAAAGUUGACGUGGACGAUCAUUGCUUCCGCUUCAUUUAGAUAUGAGCUUUUUUUACGAUGCUAGUUUGUAUUUGUAAUUGCAUUGGUUCUACAAAUUCUUGUCCUCGAUCCAGUUUCAGAUAUACUUACUGGCACCAAUUAAUAAAUAUGUUUUUUGCUGGACUUCGUGCGAAGCUCGACUACUUCUUGGAUUCAGUCAUAAAACUGCUGAAAUCUCCUACAACUGGACUUAAGUAGCUCACACUGGAAUUGCCCGGAGAGAAGAAGCCAAUGAAUCUAGACAUAAGCGCGACUUUUAUUCUUCGUUCGUUGUCUGUCUCUGUGUGCGUUGAUUAUGUGCGGACCUCAGACGGGUUGUUGGUGGAAAAGUCCGAUCAUCCUGUAAUGCUACGGAAUGAGGUCUCAUACAGGGGAAAUGGUCGUGCCCAUUUUCGAAUAUAUCUUUAAUAAUGCUGAGUUUGUAUCAGUAUCUAGGGUAUUCGUUCAUGAUCUUGUUGUUAGGUGGCCGAUGGCGCACCUUGGCCAACGAGCUUACUCGAAUUCGAGACUCCUUCUGCUGAUAUAAAAAGCCAUUGUGUUAUUUGCAUGUUUUUUCUCACUGUUCCCUGGUCGCUAAUUGCCGUAUGUAUUGUGAUGUGAUUCGAUCAUCUUCCAUCGUCGAUUGUUUCAGCAUCAGUUAGAGAAUCUGCUUAAUAACCACUUCAGCGUUCCGGAAAGCAUUGGAUCAUAUGCCGGGUAUUGUGUGCGAGGAAGCCAGCAGUGGCGUGGAGAAUAUCAGUUGGAACAAUACAAAGCGACGUUGGGCUGUAGGAAGCGUUCCGGACGAGGCAGAAUCUAAGAAUGAGACAGUGAACGAAUACGUGAUUCUAUCUGAGUAUGGCGACGAAAUUCAAGUUGCCCUCGAUGCAGCCAUCGAGUUGACUGAGGCAGAUUUACAGGAAGAAGAACAGGCACUCGCUGAAGAAAACGCGAUGGACUACGACAGCGAUGACGAUGAAUCGGACUCGGCAGACGAAGACAUGGAUCCCUACGAGCGUCAGCUGCAUGAACUUGCAGCCCAGAACUGUCGAUCCAUCGAUAUUUAAGGAGUAGGCUUUUGGUGUUUCUGUUACCGUUCGUUUUGACUCCCCUAAGGGGGGAGAGCAUCACAAUAGGGCAACACAAACGCCAAAACCCUACCUUUAAGAUAUUGCACAGGCAGUAAUGCUGCCGAAGGUGUCUCGGUUCGACGAGACUAUCGAGAAGGCACUGAAGAAAGGUGGCAGCGCGACUAUGACGGCGGCAGCUUCGAAGUAAAUGGUUACUUCAUGUACAAGUAGGAGGUGCUCAUGUUUAUGAUUGUCACUCACAUAACCUCGUAUCAUGAAUGUUGUGUCUAUUAUGUCCAUAUGCAUAUUUAAAUGGUAAAGAUUGUUUUUGCUACUUAGAUCGAACAUAGAACUGAAUUCUAGUUCUACCUUUGCGUUAAACCUUAAACCAACGCUGACUCUACUUCAUCUACAUCUACUUGCGCAGAUAAGCACGCACGGUUACAGAAGUGCAACAAGAAGUAAAAUAGAAGCUGUUCAAAUGGUUGAUAAAAGUCGGAUUACACAACCUUGAUGUGCGAACCUCUAAGCUGCGUGGAAGCGGAAGGCGGCUGUUUGCGUGGCGGGUUUGGCAGUUUGCUGUCUUUCCAAGAAACAGAUGGCUUACCCUUCUUCGAGUAUUAACAUGCAGCAAGCAUGUCGAUUGGCAGAGAAAGUUUCUUGUCCUUCAUAUUUAGUGUGUUGAAAAAAAGGCCAUUUUUUUCAUAGUUUUGCCAGGUAUGAAAAGUAUAAGUAAGCAUUUACCAGAUAGAACUGAUAAGAUAGGUAUUCUGUUUUUUCUUUGUGAAGAGAGCAUACCCAUACAAGAUGAUAUAUUUUGCUUGACAAAAUAUGAAAAUAGGGCUACAAAUUUCAUCAUCGUAACUAAGACGACACUAUCAACGUCUUUACUGAGAUGAAUUAUGGGGAAGAUCAGACGAAGGGGAAGUGCCUCUCUUUUCAAGACCCAUGGCGGAUGAACCUCUGUAGAUCCACUGCUUCUCUAAAAGCACCGUCGAAGAAAACGUCGGGACAGCUGAUGUUAUUUACCGUGUUGUACAUAGACCUUGAUAUGUGAUAAGAACAGACUGAGUUUUUUUUUUCGAGCGAUCUUCUUUGCGAUAUGUAAGUAGUAUGACACGAACAAAGACACGGACAACUAGGUGAUGGUAACAUCAGCCAUAUAGAUGACGGAGCCGGACCAGCAUCUAGAUGUAACUAACUUGUGGCAUUUUCUAUGCUGAAAGUGACCUCGUUCUCAUAGUUUCUUGUCCAUCAGCUGCUAUUUUUUUCAUUUUGCAAAGAAUGUAAAAAGCUAUAGGUGAAGAUCAGGUGUAGUCGUGGGUCCUCAUCCCAUUACAGCAUGUGUUAUGCUUCUCAGAUUCAAUGAUCAUAAAAUACCAUAAGAUAUUGGGUCUUGAUAUCGUAGUACAACUACAGGUAGUGCAUCUAUGAAAUGAAUAGAAGCUAGUACCGAUCGUAUUUGUAGUGGAUUUGAGGAUCUUUUCGUAACACAUGUUCGGCCUCAGGUGGUAGCAAAACAAGGAUUAUUUUCAAAUUUAUUUCUGCUCGUAGAGACAUCACUACAGUGAGCUAGAUAGAUAUGUAGAUAGACUCCUACAUCGUCAUCGAGAAUCAAUUAGAAGUGCUAUUUUCAGCCGUUGAUGCGAGGUUGGCUCAAGAUCAAGAAUUGUAGUAAGAAUGUCCUUAUUUUGUACAAUUUCCUUCCAACAUUUAUGAUUCUGCGCAUACAACAUCAACAAGUACGAGUCAAGUUGUCACAAGCACCUGCCGUGUAGUCAAUACGAGAUGGCGAGGAGGUAGUGACAACAAUCACAAUACCAAAGAACACAGAAGUACUCGGCCGCGCCUUCUGGAUCCAUCACAUAUGUACAAUUACGAGAACGCCUAAAUAUCAACAUACCAUAAAACUUUUUAUUUUUGCUAAUCACUUACAGGUACACUCUCAACGUCAACUGCAAUGAUAAUAGAUAAUGUAGUUUUUAUUUUCCAAACCUUCUCGUGAUCUCAGUAGUGCUACAUACAUAAGCUAGUGAGCGAUGAGGAAUGGCACUGUUGAAAGGAACGUGCUCGACUAUUUCCAUAUAAACAGGAUUCAGAGUUGUAUGAAGUUGUUUGAAAUUUUUUUCGAUUUUCAAAUUUGUUUCCUAAGAAAGAGCAGGAAGGCUCACGUAGAGUCAUUAACACUUUUCAGUCGUAAUCACUAUGUUCCACACGUUGUUCAAGCUAGUAGAAGUAAGACAAGAAAAGACAACAUGACGAGUUGAACACAUAGAUAUCGAAUCAAGACAACAGACACUGAUUUUUUCGGGGAUCAUGUUACCCGCUAAACAUAUGUGCUUACAGAGAGACCAGAUGACUUUAAUAAAAAGCAAUUCUAAGUUACUACAUACGGAUUGAGUACUAACUAGAAGAAGAAGUAAAAACUCAACUUUUCCAAUCAGGAAGAUGCUGGAGAUCGAAAACUUUUUUGGUAUACUUCAAGAUCAACAUCAUAGUACUACUUUGCUUUUUCACCGAAACUGAAGCCUCCGUGGUUUCGAGAAGCGACUCUCUCGAGGGCAGUGGCAAUGACGG